GUGUGCAGUGUGCGCAUGUCAGUAACACACAUACACAGUCACACACCAGGCAGGGGAAGUGAGCGGCGAUGGUUCCCGGACAGAGACGCCGCUGAAUGGAUCCAGCUCUCCCGGGGACCUGUGCGCUGCGGUAUCCGGGGAGGGAGCGGCCGGGGCCUGUGCAGGCCGGGUCUGUGCUCCGGGACAUGUGGCUCCUGUACCUGCUGCUGGGCUCUGCGGAGGGUCAACUGUUACCUGGCAAUAACGUCACCACAGAAUGUAACAUCCCUGGGAGUUUCAUGUGCAGCAACGGGCGCUGUAUCCCGGGCGGCUGGCAGUGUGACGGGCUACCCGACUGCUUCGAUGAGAGUGACGAAAAAGAAUGCCCUAAGGCAAAAUCCAAGUGUGGCCCGACGUUCUUUCCCUGCGCCAGCGGCAUCCACUGCAUCAUAGGGCGCUUCCAGUGCAAUGGAUUAGAGGACUGCCCUGAUGGGAGCGACGAGGAGAACUGCAUCGCGCACCCCCUCCUCUGCUCAACCUCCCGGUUCCACUGCAAGAACAAGCUGUGCAUAGACAAGAGCUUCGUCUGCAACGGUCAGAAAAACUGCGAGGAUAACAGCGACGAGGAACACUGUCCCAACUCGCAAGAGAGCGGCGUCGGGGAGCAGAAGUACGUGUCUUCCGAGAACCAGCUUCUCUAUUACCCCAGCAUUACCUACACCAUCAUCGGGAGCUCUGUGAUUUUCGUGCUGGUGGUGGCACUCCUGGCUCUUAUCCUGCACCAUCAGAGGAAACGCACCAACCUGAUGAGUCUCCCGGUACACCGCCUCCAACACCCGCUGCUCCUCUCCAGGCUGGUGGUCUUAGAUCACCCCCACAACUGCAGAGUCACCUACAACGUCAACAACGGGGUCCAGUACAUGUCUAGUGAGGGAUACCAGCCGCCAGUGAACAUUGAGUCCCCCCCGUCCUAUAGCGAGGCUGUGCUUGACCAAAGCUCACGCCCACCCUGGUUCUCCCUGCCCCCUCCUCCGUACCAUUCUGACGUGGAAACUUCCAGCAUGACAGAACUUCCUCCGUACCGCUCUCGGACAGCGAGCGCCAACAGCGCAGGCACGACGGACAACAGCCUGACCACGCCCAGUAGCACUUGGGACUCCGCCAGCCCUACAGAUCCUCAGGGAACGCUCUCCUCCAGCGAUUCCCAGCUCAAUAUAGUCCUAGAGGUCUAAUCUGCUGCCACCGCCACCCACCCGGUAACAAUGGUACGGCGAGAAACCGCCUGGAGAUAGACUAAGAUAACGUAUCAAGGGCUGGUCUGCGGCAGCUCGUUACCGGCAAAUGUUCCUUCUAUUUUUUAUAGAUUCCAGAGGUAUAUUUUUUAGAAGUUUUUUUUCUCCUCCUUUCUGUUUGUAUUGUUUAAUAUUGUUUUGCUACCGUGCGUUAUCCUGAAAGCAAUAAGGCACUUACCCUCUAGCACAGUGGAUCAUGUGUUUGGGACAGAAGAAUUGCUUUGGGGACUGUUUAGUUUUGGUAUUUGGGAAGAAGUGAAGUCUCACGGCAGCCCUGUAUGAAGUGCACCGUUCCCCUUCCGGCCGUGGACCUGGCCGAGUGGACCCAGUAUCCAUGAGUGUAUCACUAGUUGACAUCACUGAGGCACGAGGUGUCAAGUACGUGUCUCCUCUGUAUGCAGGGGUCAGCGGCGCUUUACAGUCGUGGAAAACGUUUGGAUGGGAUCAGCGGCACUGGCGAGCUGUCUCGCCUCUUCAGGGCUUAAAAACCAGACGCCGUCCUGGAUAUUCUCUUUUUGUUAAAAUUUUAUAGUUUGAAGCUUUUAGCCAGGAAAUUAAUUGUUGAAAGACAAAAUGAUCUUGCGCACGGAAAACUAGAACACAUUAAAAAAAAAAAAAAGUGAUGGAAAAACACCAAUAUACUCGGGGAAAAGGAUGAAUUAAUAAUCUCUCAGGCACGCAUGAGCGAAUCCGAAUGUCAGCGUCUCAAGCGGCUGAGAACAAUAGAACAGGAAGAAUAGGACGCUGCAGCUGCGUGACACACUCCCAUGAUGCUCUGGGGCUAUGUUGCACAACUAUGGCAAAAAUAAAAUUGCCUCAGACCUAAUGAACAAUAAUUUUUUGUACUUGGUGAACACAUUGAUAACCUAUAUAAACGGAAGAUCAAGCUUUCCGCCAGACAAUCAACAGGCACUCCGCACUGUAAGACCGUGUCUGCACACCAGCCGUGGAACCAAACCUCACCACCACUGAUCAAAGCUUCCAGCACUCCUGAGUCUUUAUUUGUCCGCAGUGCCUUUUCUGAUCGAGCCCCUGCUUAAAGUGCACCGGUCACCUGCACAUAGGUGCAGGCAGCCAUUUUGUGGGCUGAACCAAUCUAUAUUCAUGACGGACACUGCGGAUGCAAACACUUUGCGGCCUGAAGUAAUAUUCAAAUGCACAAGGAACCAGGUGAUGUCACAACAGGUUCCUAUUGGUUAAGAGUACAAAAUGGCCCCCUCACUGCGUGUAGAUGAUCGUUGCUCUUCUGGCCUAUGGUAUUGCAUCGCUCGGCAGAGCUUAAUGCACUUAUAGUCUCUGGUAACAAGUGACUCAGGCCCGCCUGUGUGGGUGCGGUUAAUGCAUUCUUACCCUGUUAUUUAGCUGAUACCCAAAAUUUGCAGCAGUCAUGCUUUAUUCUGUUCACACUGUGGAAAUGGCUGGAGCAAGAUGGCCGCCCAGCUCGCAGCAGACUGGAUAAAUGACAGAACCGUAAUCUAAGCUUACUAGAGACAAAACGAGACCUUCCAAAAGGUAGAUUGUGUUAGACUAUGAAGCCUGAGCAGUAUUGUAUUGCUACACAUAUGAUCUUAGGAAUCUUUGCUGUAUUACCUUAUCAUGUGCAUUAAGCUAUCGGAAUACUAUAUAUUUUUUCUUUCAAGCUUAAUAUGAUGACAUUUCUUAGGUAAAAGAGGCAGAAGAGAAGAUAGUGACCCGUCUACUUGUUCCGAUUUGUAAUAUGUAUAUAUGUGUAAUGUGGAACUUCCUGCCAGGCUGGUGGGGCAUGCUGGGACAUGUAGUUUCUUAACAGCUGGACGGCCACAGCCGCUCACCCUGAUCCAUUGCAUUUCCUCACAUGUAAAUGUUACUGUGUUGCUGAUUACACUAAUUGUUUUGUAAAGUGCCUUGACACAUUGUAACGAGGUAAUCGCAGACCAUGCCGCACUUCUACAACGGGUACUUCUAUUUGGCAUUUGGAUUAUGCUUCAAUUUAAUAUUCGGAUUGUGAAAGAUCUGAUUGGUGGACAACGUGAUGCAGGAAUUAUAGAGACCCCAGUAUGGGAGAACUUCCGCUGGGUUACAGGAGAGAGAUAGUGAAAACAAAAUCAGCAGCUUAAACCUGUACUCACAGAAACGUGCUGCGCAGUAGUCAAUGUAAGUACAACAUAGCACUUACUGAACGGUGGCGCUAUAUAUUCAACGCAGGUACUGCCAGGACACGGUAGUCUGCAACCAAUGCAAAGACGACAGACUUCAGCCGUUACCCCCAUGGCGGCAUCAUGCUCGUGCCAGUUUGCAAGCUUGAGCAUUGGUGCCCCAUGACACCUCCAGCCCUAGACAGCUGCCAGUGUUGCCUUCCCCUAGACCCUACCUGUAAUAUACCAGAAAGCGUUUUUAGCAUUGCAGCCAGUAUGUACAUAGACCAGACUUUAGCACUGUUGCUGACCUGCACAGCCCAUCCCACUUCAGGCCACACAUGAGAAAUGUAGUUGCAGCAUAGCCGCGGCGCUGACACACUUCGAUAACGGUGUCGGUGCUGCCGACCUCGUAAUGCAUUGCUAAGGCGUAUCAAUGAGCGUACCCUGACACUUACUGUCGUAUUAUUGUCAGACACCCUCUGCAUAAUAUCUGUACACUCACCUUUAUUUGUAGCUGUGUAUGAGAAUAAUUAUUGUUACUAGAAUGUCAGAGGCGAUAUCCCCAUAAUAAGGCCGCCGUAUUAAUAACGCCAUCGGCUGAGGUCUAAUAGAUGCUGGUGUAAAUAGACAACCCUCUUUAUAAUACCCUGCUCCUUCGUCCAGUAUAUAUGGCCCCCUUACCCUUAGGUAAAGGCAGGACGCAGGAUUGCGCUGCAGCGCUAUUUGCUGGAGGGGCUCAAUCCGGCCAGUCUUCUUCAGCAAUAGAGCCUGUCGCAGUCAUGGACAUCUCCUGGAUUCAGAGACGGUUGGGAUUCCUGGAAUGGCAGGUUAUAUUAAUUGAGGGUGGGCCAAAAUGGAACAAAAUACAGCCACAGUACCCAUUAGGCAACUUAGGGGGACAUUUACUAAGCAGUGAUAAGAGCGGGGAAGUGAGCCAGUGGAGAAGUUGCCCAUGGCAACCAAUCAGCACUGAAGUAACAUCUAUAAUUUGCAUACUAUAAAAUUAUACAGAGCUGCUGAUUGGUUGAUGGGGCCACUUCUCCGCUCUUAUCACUGCUUAGUAAACAUCCCCCUUAGUGUCUACCUAAGGCCCUGUGGGCUCUCGGGGGCCACGAUUAACCCUAACACGUCAUGUUUUGUGUUGUCUUGACAAAAGGCGGCAGGAAGGGCCCCCAAACCACUUAUUCAGGCUCUGAUUAAGAAUUUAACAAUUAAGAAUUUCAGAUAUUGUUCCCCGUUACUGUGGUACAAAAAAAGUUUACGUAAUGAAUGAAAUUGCAUAUGGCUGCUACGUGCCACAAUGACAUUACUGGUUCCUAGUAAAUGCCCUGAACAUUGUCCGGCCCACAAAAUGGCCGCUGUGGAGAGAAUGGGACCGCUGGAAGUAACAAGAGAUGUUCGCUGCCCAGCUUGACCGAUUGCAAACAGAGGAGAUAUCAUUAAUAAAUAAGUGUAAAAUAUGUAUGAUUGUGAAUAAGCAAAACGCUCUCGUCAUUUCAGACUAUUAAAUAAAAUCUUUAAAUCCCAAAAUAAA